AUGGAGUUAUAUAUACACACAGAAGAUAACCAAAUCAUCAGCUUGCCAUUUUCACAAGAAGACACACUACAGAUGAUAGAAGAAAGACUUAAAAAACCAACACCUUUAGAGUUCUGCUGCGAUAAUCGUAUUUUAGCCAAAACAAUCAGUUUGUCAACAUAUCAGAUCUCAAAUGGAGCACAUAUCUAUGCUGUUAGUCGAACUCGACUUUGCCGUCAUCAAUAUCUCAUACAGCAAUUUGAGAUGCAAAAAAUGGCGUCUGAUAAGAGAGUCAAUUCGAUCAAAUUAGAAUCGGAAAGGCUUAAAGAUGUUCUGUUUAAGAAGGUUGAAGGCACAUCAAGGUAUUAUCGCAAAGUUUUAAAGCGAUAUCAUAACAUUUCAAAACCAAAACAGAUAUAUGACUUUGAAGACACACCAUUAUUUGAACCAGAUGCACCCGAGCAUAUCAGUUCAGCUCCGCUUCCAAGAUUUUGGACAAAUGAAGAUAAUGACAAUUAA